GUGGGAAGGGUCCCAUCUGGUCUUUGUUUUGGUGCAAGAAUUUUCAUAUUUUUUAUUACAAAAUCAUAAAGUUGAGUAAAGCUUGUUCACUUUUUCUGGCUAGUAUUUACAAUUAUGAAUCAAACAGCCAAGGUCACUGCUACGUGUCAAAAUAGAACAAUAAUUGUCUGGAAGUAAAAGGAGACGCCUAUUGCAUCAAAUAUCUUGUUCUGAUAGCAGUGUCGUGAGUCGUGAGGCUAGUAUGCUGUUGUGUAACGAGUUAUUCUCUAAUCUAGUUUUAGUAAACCGCGUUGUUGUAUGUGGUAGUGUCAACAAUGUGUAUUAUUAGUGGGCAGCGUUCUAUUUAGUUUUAUCAAAACUUGGUAGCAGGAAGUAGAUAAAAAUAAUGGCGGCUCUGAACUCACACUCAGAUAACAGUGGUUUACUGGAUCAAAGCAUUCCACAAUGGAAGCGGGAACUGAUUUUGAAGAGAAGAGCUCAGGGAAGAACGCUGCAGCAGCAGACGAACAGUGAUAGCGGGCUUGUGAAACCGACUCAUCAUUCCUCCACCACUACAUCGACAACCAGUGUUGUGGUAGAAACAGCAGGUGCAUCAUCGGCAUCGCUGAGCCAUCAUCAGACCAACAGCAGUCGUUCUGUUGGCGGUGACGGUGGUAGUCUCACUAACAUGCGGUUUGUUGAUAGGCGUCUCGAAGGUGGAAACAAUGAUCUAGUGAGUGGUGUCAAACUAUCUACUAAGGUUAUGUUGGACAGUGUCAAACAAGAAAACUGUGCUCUGAAAUACAUUUCCAGGAUGGGUGAAGAGAAGUCAAUCAUUAUCAAACAACCUACGAUCAAUGCCAAAUCACUUGUGGAUAAAUAUAAUCUGAAACGUAAACAUCAUAAACCGGUAGUGAGUGUUAGUGAAAAUGAAAAAGUAACCUCAACAAACGGCAAGGAUGAAGAUUGUCAGUCCGACUCCAGUGAGGAGCUGCAAUACGGACCAGGUAUUGUUAAUAAAUUAAAAACUAAAUAUUUAAGCAUGACUUUGAGAGAAAAUCAGAAACGAGGAGUGAGACCUUCUUUGUCUAACUUGAGACGAGCUGCUAGCUUGGAAAACAUGUUGGAUGAGGAGCCAAAAUUACCUCAAACACCGACAGUUGCUUGUAAAUCUACUCACUCAUCCGGCAUUAAUAAGCCUGACGAGAAAUAUAAUAAAACGACUACAAGUGUUUCUUAUCCAUAUAAUCAUAAAGUAUACACUGAACGCAGGGGUCUUGAUUCUAUGAAACGAGCUUGCUCUAUGGAUACUUUAUUGCGUAGCGAUCCUAAACCCAGUUUGAGCCAAAGCUACACAAGUAGAUUAUCAAAGAAUUAUGAAAAAGAUUUAUUGAAUGGAAGUAAGAGUAAAAUAUCAAUUGCCAACGAAGAUAUUAUUAUUGUUGAAAAUUCCAGUUCUGGCACUAACGGUAAACACAGUGAUGAUUCUAAAUCCUCAAAUAGCAAAAUAAUAAAAAUUGAGGAUAAAGAACUUCCUCCUCCUGAUGUUGUAAAACAAACCCUUAAAAAAUUUGAAAGCACUCCCAGUUCAAGAACAAAGGCUUUCCCUAUCAACAGCAGUAAAAGUAAAUCUAUUCAAAAUCACAUUUCCAAGCCAUACAGGACUACAACCACACCUACAAACAACAAAGCUACAAAUUCUUUUGAUAAGAGUAAAAUGAAUAAACCUGUUUUGUCUCCAAAGCCAGUUCUCAGUCCUCAGAAAGGCGCCUCACCAAAUCGUCCCAAAGUAUCUCCUAAAAGGAUAAACAGCACUGUUAAGAAAGUUGAAGAAAACGUUGAAUGCACAAACAGUAAAGCGACAGGAUCAACUGUAGAAACAAAGGAAGUGAUAUCAGAAGAUGCAAAGCCUAUGAGUUUUUGUGAUAAAAAACCACCAGUUUCUAAAAUUUCCGCUCCGAAUGUUCUGUCAUUAUCAAGUACAACAUCCAGUAGUGAUACUGCAUUGAAUGCAACAUCACCAGUUAUUGCUAAGGCUUUGUCUCCAGUUAUAUCACCUAUUUCAAAUGGAUCGCCAGAUUUAAUACCGGCUAGUUGCAUUAAGAAAUUGAAUUCUCCAACCAAAAGUAUUGAAGAUGAUGACGGUGUUGAUGAGGAUGUGGUUGGAGCUAGCGUAAUCUCAAAACAGAUAUCUGAAUUAGCAUUGGAAAAUAUACGAAAAGGAGGCACUUCAGUGAAGUUUGACUUUAAAUCUGAGGAGAAUGAUAUUCCUGAAUGCAAUUCGACAUCGCAUCUGCCGGCAGUGAAAAAUGAUUUGCCGGCAACAAAUACAACAUUGCUGACUGAUGAGGCAUUAUCUCCAAGUAGUCCAUUGCUUCCUCAGCCGGUUGAGAAGUCCCCUGUAAGGGUUUCGACGCCCCUGGUCAAAAAUGAACCACCACAAAUGAAACAAGUGGGUGUUAUACGUCCAAUACUGACUUCUAAACUCCAGCAUCAGGGAAAAGUAUCGUCACCUACAACUCUAACUGACCUCGAAAUUGAGAAAAAUCUCAUAAAUCGUGUUAAAUCAAUCGAGCAGCCCGUGAGCAAAGUUGUGGUAGCAAUUAAAAAUCUGCCCGAUGCAGUUGUGGUAGGGUCAGUGCCCGCCGAUCUUAUGUCGAACAAAACAAUGUCGUCGUUAGGUCGUGUGUCGGCGUCGGCCAGUGCUAGUGGUGAAAUGAAAAGUCAAGGCCUAUGGGAUAAAAAGCCAUGGCAUCAGAAUCAAAACACUAUGAUCUUCAACUUCAGCGAUCGAAAGGAUGUGCCAGACUACAUUGAAAAUGAUGGCCUCAUUCUCAGAUCAAAGCGCGAACGACCAAGGCCUGGCGAAAGCGGCAUAAUAGUGCUAGACGACGCAGCAGCCAGUCUUCAGGAGUCGUCAACAGACGCCGACGCCGACGAUGAUUGGGGGGUGGCAUUGCGUGGCCCGCCCUCCCCCUGCGACAUAUGCUUCGAGAACGACAACGUACUCAUCAACGGCAAGUCCAACCUCCGCAAACACCCCAAACAGCAUAAGAUGCGUAUCCAGUUCAACGACGAGCCGACGUUAUUCGAGUAUCCGUCGGAGGCGUCGUUCUCUGAGGGGAUGUCGACAGUGGAUGGUGGCAGUAGACCGCCCACGCCACCGGGCCCCCCAGGCGCCGGCUCCAGUCCCAACCAACCGCCUCCUGUCCCGCCUCACGCCGCUCCACUACCCGCCGUCCCUCUUGGAGGCAGUGGCGGACUCGCCAGCUACACACCGAGCAAGCUGGGUCAGGGGGGCGACUGGCAGCCGGGCGUCACUCGGCACGCGCCCAGUGUGCCAUCACCCCAACCCGGCCAACCCACAGACUAUCUCAAACCAGCCACUGCCGAGGAGACUGUCACAUGGAGCGAGGACCAGACUGCCGAUCUCCUCUUCUAAACACAUGUACAUUCUAUCACUCAUUGUAAAUACUUAUAUAUUAUACAUUAUACAAACCAAUAUACAUACCUUAUUUUAUAUUUAUACAAUUAUUAUUAUAUUGAAUUUGUAGUAACUGUUACUUUCCAUAUAUCAUAUUUUGUACUUAUUCUAUGACUAUUAAAUUAUUUAUAAUGAUUCUUAUUGUAUUGAUUGUAUAUUGAAUGGUGAGUUGAGUCAAAGAAGCGACGCUCAUCCAAUGAUUUAAGAUUGAUGCUUAUUAUACAAACACGUGUCGCUUCUUAUUUAUAUCGAUUGUAAUGUAAUUGCAAUAAACAAAUAUCGGAUUAGGAUUUAUUGAAGCAGUGCUUCCUAUAUACUUGAAUAUUAUCCUCCUCAUGAAAAUCAAAUAAUUUAAAUAUCUUCUAAUUGUUUGAAUUUAGUCUUUUGACAAUAUGAAAAUUUAUAUUUCCAAUACCGGUAACCUAAAAUAGACAGUUAUUGAAGAAACUUUACUUUUUGUCCAGUAUCCUUGAUUGUACCGUAUUUUGAUUUUUGAUCGCUUCAAUAGUGUAAAAAUGAAGUGUUUCCUGAUUUUCGAGGAGAAGUAGUAGAUUGCAUUAAACUGUUCAAACAUUUUCUUGUCAAUAGAUGGAAAAAUCAUUAUAUAUUUUUUCAAUUGUGGUCGAGUUUCCAAACUUUGGCUAGCCACAGUCACCCAAUGGCAAAAUAAUUUCAUUCCUUUAUUAAAUUGUUUCGGUUUUCUUGAAAUAUUGUAUAGGUGCUUCUGAAUAUCUGGGACUAAACAAUGAGCAUAUUUUUGUUGAAAUUAACAUUCAAUGAAAAUGAAUAAAAUUGAACUUCAUGAAAUUCAUUAUAUAUGUGAAUAGACAAAAAUAAUUAUGUUUCAAUAAAAGCCAUUUUGUGGAUGUAACCGAAAACCUAGUGCAUGUCAUGUAAGUGGAGAUGUUAGAGCUUGGUACCUACAAACAAAAAUAAACACAAAGAACAGGUUUAUUUUUUUUUCUAUUUGGUCCAAUCAAUUUUUUGAUCUGAUAAAAAUUUUGGAAAUUCCUUAAUCAAUCUAUCAUGAGGAAUCAAACUAUACAUUUCAUUUUUAUUGAUUUCCCUCAACUCUCCUAAACAAAUUGAAACGGUCAAUUCUUAAAUAGCAAUAAAUAUUUUAUCUUAGCGAAUGAUUAUUUGGAAUGUAGAUUAAUUAAUUAGGAUAAUAUAAUGAAUCGAACUUGAUUAUUUGAGCAAGCAUCUCAUUCACGAUCAUCAAAUCGAGUCUUUCAAAUUUUAUAAUAAUAUGGUUGGCUUUUAACAAGAAAGUUUUUCUUUCAAUUGACACUGUUAGGACUACACUACUAUUUACGAGUGUACACAUUAUUGUGAAAUGAUUUUAAAAAAUUAAAUUUGAAUUAUUUUAGAUCAAUUUAUAAUUUACAAUUUACUAAUCUGAUACAAAAAGAGUUGUUUUCCAAUUUGAAGAAUGUAAAUAUCAAAGAAUAUUUAUGAAAACCCGAGUUCUUGAACAUUCCAGUUUUGCAUUCUUAUAUUAUUGUGUUUCAGAUUAUAUCUCCAGAUUUAUUCGUUUUUGAACUUGAAAAUAGCCCCCAUUUAUUGUGGACUGACAUUGGUAUUUUAGAUUCUAGUAAUUGAGUACUUAUUAAUUUUUUCCUCAGAAAUUAAGAAGCCUCCAAAUUUAUACUCAUACUGGAGAGCUGAAGACUUUAUAUUUUAUAACACAAAGAAUCAUUCCAAUAUACUUGGAACCACCAAUUAAUAUAUUUAUCAUUGAAUACAAACAUCAAAGUUAUAUUUAAAAAAAAAACGUCUUUUUUUUAAUUUUCAUGGAUGUUUUUUAUACUGUUAUUUUGCUGUUUCAUUUUUUCAAGCUGUUUUGCUUUUAAUCUAUCAAUUAUUAAUCUAUUACAUUGAUACUUUCUUAUUAUUAUCAUAGUCAUCAUGAUAAAUUAUAUAAUAUUGAUAAUAUUUGAAAACAUUCAAUUUUGGAGCUGUAGUUUCUAUAUAAUAAGAAGAUAGUUUGUCAAUAUAUCAUUCAAUAAUUUAUCAAGUUGUAAAAAGUUUGUGAAAACAUUAAAUGACAUGAUAUAAUUGUAGAUAAGGUAUAAGCUCCAAUGCAUUACCGGUAUUCAAUAUUGUUUAAGAUCUGAGAUCUUUAUUGCAUUUAAUUAUUUAUUCUAAAAUUUAAAUUUUUUCUUCCACAUUGCAAAUGAAUAAUUAUUAUCAUCACAAAAUUUAAACAAUAAACUUGACUGAUGCUUUCUGGUGCUUCCACUUUACACCUAAAGCUAGGACUAUUGAUAUUUCUUUGAAAAUUGUGAUAUAUAUUUAUAAGGCUGAUUCAAUUAUCAUAUUCAGUUCUAUAAUAUAAUUAUAAUGGUGUACUCUAUAAAAUUGUUAUCUGGAUGACAAAUUCAUUUCCUGUUGACAGUUUGAAUAAUUACUUGUAUUUAAUUUUUCACAUUCCCAACUUGAAAUUUAAUGGAUCUCUACAUAAAGUGGAUUAAAGCCUUGCUUCUUUGCUAACUUGAAAAACAUUUAUAGAGUCUUGAACAUUAACUUCUUUCUAAAUUAUUUCCGAAUUUUAAAUUUCUCAAACUUUUCACUUCAAAUUGAACCUUAAUAUGAAUUUGUUCCAACAUAAAUAUUCCUGAGUUAUCAGUGUACUGUACUUCAAACCUACGAUCAAUAAUAAUUUAAGAUAUUAUUGGAAUUCGACUUUCAGAUAAGCUUAAAAUCUCACUCUAACUCAGUAGAUAAGUUAAAAUUUUCUCUAUCUGUAACUGUCUUCCCACCUUACUCCUAGUAGGUACAUAUUACUCUUAAAAGCUAAACAUUUUAAACUAUUAAAUUUCUAUCUUCAAGUUAUAAAAUGUUAGUUGAUAUUAAUUUUUACUGAAAUCAAUGCAGUUAUAGUAUUGAAAGGAAGUAGUGAAUUCAAAAAAUAAUUUUUAUGUCAAAGGCAAAAUCUUUAGAAAUCAAUAAAUUGAUUAGUAGGUACUGUUAUAUUUAGGAGAGAUCGAGAAUUAGUGACCAUAGAAUGAUAAAUAAUCAUGGACACUUCUUAAGGUAUAAGAUCCUUGGAGUAUAAUUAUUCAUAUGAUUUGUAAUUGUAUUAACUAAUAAAUAAAUAAAUUCAUUAUGCUGAGAGGAGAGAAAUAACCUAUCCUCACAUAAGGAAGUUUGCCUUAUUAAAAAAAAAUCAAAUGCUGUGCAGUCGUUGGACAAUAGACAAGUACAAUUCAUAAAACUAUUAUUUAGUGUAUGUUGCCUCAGAUAGGUUCAUUGCAGUAGUUGAAUAAGUACAUUCAGUACCGUACUAUGCUAAAUAUACAGUCAGCACACAUCGAUUUAAUAAUCAUCCAACUGUACAGAUGAUAUAAGAAAAUUUUAUAGAACAUUUUUUUGUUGCAAAUUUCCUGUAGUAUCUAAUGAUCUUUGGAUUUUACACCUUCCGUGGGAUAUUCUGUAUAACAUAUCGAUAACAAUUCUCCAAAUCAAUAGAUAAUAUCGGGGCACCGAGCUUCGCUCUGGUGUACAAAAGCAUAGUUUAUAUUUAUUCAUUUAUUUAUUGAUACACAGAACACAAUUCUUUAAAAUGAUUGGGGAAGGACCAACAGGCACAGCCCAAAACUGUAUCUCCCUGAAUUUCUAUUUGUACACUAGUCCAAAAAGUAGGUUAUCUUCAGCGAGUUUUCCCAGGAAUGAGACCUAGUGCAAUCGAAUUUUUAUAUUAUAAGCCUACUAUGUCCCAAAUUUCGUUAGAAUUGUUGAAGCCGUUUUCGAGAUCCGGUAACAUAAAGGCACAUAAAGAUACAAAUAUAUAUAAACAGGAAUUGCUCGGUUAAUAGUAUAGGAUUAGUAUUCAUUUAUUUAGAAUAAAUGUUAUAAAUACAUAAUUGGUAUUCAGACCAAUACAUAUCAGAGCGGCUCAAUUUAUUGCUGUUUGAAUGAAAGUGUUUUUGAUAAAGCAGGUUUUUGAACAUUAUUGAAACAGCGGCAUUUCUUAUAGAUUCUAUUUGAUAGAUAUGUGUGAGUCAUUUCUCGUGAAAUUACUAAUUCAGUGAAACUUAACUAGGAAAAUAAUAAAUUGAUUUUUCGACUAAAUAUUUCUUUAUUUUAUAAUUGAAUUAUUAUGUAUUCUGGUAUUAUUAUUAAAUAGCAUUCCAAUUGAAAUUCUUCAGUUAUAAAAAACUGUAAGCAUUUUUUAGGCACCUCACUGUUGAUUUGCAGUAUAAAUGAAUUUCUCGUUACAAUACAAUUUCUAGUCAUUUUUAUCUUAUAACUUGGAUUACCUUGAUAAUUAUGAAAAAAUAUCGUUGUAAUUUCUGAGAUUCCAUUCUUUAUCUUGGAAUUAUUUCUUUUGAAUCAUGGAUACAUCUAUAUACUAUAAAUUAUAUUUGCUAUAAAAGGUUUCCUAUAUCUCUUGAUCUUCAAUUUCAUAAUAUAAUAGACAAAUAAUUGAUAUAAAAACAAAUUUUAUUUCAUAAUUAUGCUACUCACUGCAAACGUAUCCCGACAUGUUUAUCUUUUUAAAUAAUAUUAUUCAAUACUUAAUAGAUUAUUAGUUGAUGGAGUGAAUUUUAAUUCUAGUAGAAAUCAGUCCAAUAAAAAAUUAAAUUUAUACUGUUCUGCAUCUAUCAUAGCAAUGUAACUCUAAAAAAGGUAUGUCGUAUAUCUUGUAUUUUCCUCUCUCAAAUUAAACAUUUAUAAUAUAAAAAUAUUUCCUCAUAUAAAGUAACUAGUUUAACGCUCAAUAUUAUGUUAUUUCCUUAUUCAUUACGGACUCACAUGAGUAAAUGUUGUUACUCUUAACUGGUAGGAAGCAUAUCUCAAUUCAACUUUACUGUAAUACAUAAUACCUACUUGUAUAAUAAUAAAUUAUUGUUGACAAUUAUUUACAGAAUUACACAUUUGUAGGCGAUUUUUGCUUGUAUGGUCUAGAUAUUUUGUAAUGUAGUUUGUGUAUGUUCAAGAAGUGAUUUUAUUUGCAAGAACUGUGAUUUUUGUGUUUAUAUGAUUGUGUAUGUCAGUUGUAUUUAAGUUAUGUGUAUUAAAUAUUCCUAUUGAAUAAUAGUA